UGCCAAUAGAAAAUGUAGGUAGGCUUAGGGUUAGGUAGCAGCUGUCGGGAACUUGUUUUUCCCUAUAAGAUCCUGGAGGCCCUCUCUUUUGACUGUCACCAGACAACUUGUUUCCUCUUCAAGUCAGCCAGCAGGAGGUGUUCAGAGGCUGUGCCCAGCAGGACCCCACUCGCAGUAAGACAGAAGAGUCAGGCAGUCUGGUUCUUCUGUGGCCUGCCUUUUUGCCUGCCUAUUUGCCUUCUCUUCAUUUUAUUUUCACUCUUGAGAUUGAGUUUUGGCUUGGAAAUCAAACACCCAUAUCCAUCUAACGCCAAUGAUUGAUUUUGACGAUGUGGCUACAAUAAACCCAGAACUCUUACAGCUUCCUCCUUUGUACCCAAAGGACAAUCUGCCCCUGCAGGAGAAUGUAACUUUCCAGAAACAGAGACGCAGAUCGGUCAACUCCAAAAUUCCCACUCCAAAAGAAGGUCUCCGAAGCCGCUCUACUCGCAUGUUCACUGUCCCAGAGGCUCAAAUCACUGCUCAGGAGAAUGAUAUGGAGGUAGAGCUGCCUGUGUCCAACAAUUCUCGCAAGCAGUUUCCAACUGCUGCUCGCCCCUUUAGGCCCUCCUACCCUGCAGUGGCUGAAAUACCAUUGACGAUGAUCAACGAGGAGGUGGAAGAGCAAGUCCACUCCAUCCGAGGCAGCUCCUCUGCACACCCUGUGAACUCAGUUCGGAGGAAAUCUUGUAUUGUGAGAGAAAUGGAAAAGAUGAAGAAUAAACGGGAAGAGAAGAAGGCCCAGAAUUCUGAAAUGAGAAUGAAGCGAGCCCAGGAAUAUGAUAGCAACUUUCCAAACUGGGAGUUUGCCCGGAUGAUUAAAGAAUUUCGGGCUACUCUGGAAUGUCAUCCGCUUACUAUGAUUGAUCCUAUAGAAGAGCACAGGAUCUGUGUCUGUGUUAGGAAACGGCCACUAAAUAAACAAGAAUUGGCCAGAAAAGAAAUUGAUGUGAUUUCUAUUCCAAGCAAAUGUCUUCUUUUGGUGCAUGAACCUAAAUUAAAAGUGGACUUAACAAAGUAUCUGGAGAAUCAGACAUUCUGUUUUGAUUUUGCAUUUGAUGAAACAGCUUCAAAUGAAGUUGUCUACAGGUUCACAGCAAGGCCACUGCUCCAGACAAUUUUUGAAGGAGGAAAAGCAACUUGUUUUGCAUAUGGGCAGACAGGAAGUGGAAAAACUCAUACUAUGGUUGGAGACCUGGCUAGCAAAUCCCAGAAUGCAUCCAAAGGGAUCUAUGCCAUGGCCUCUGAGGACGUCUUCCUCCUGAAGAAUCAGCCCCGAUACCGGAACCUGGGUUUGGAAGUCUACGUAACAUUCUUCGAGAUCUACAAUGGGAAGCUGUUUGACCUGCUUAAUAAGAAGGCCAAGCUGCGGGUGCUAGAGGAUGGCAAGCAACAGGUGCAGGUGGUGGGGCUGCAGGAGCACCUGGUGAACUGUGCAGAUGACGUCAUCAAGAUGAUCGACAUGGGCAGUGCCUGCAGGACCUCUGGACAGACAUUUGCCAACUCCAACUCCUCCCGCUCUCAUGCCUGCUUCCAGAUUCUUCUUCGAACCAAAGGGAAGGUGCAUGGCAAGUUCUCUUUGGUGGAUCUGGCAGGAAACGAGCGAGGUGCAGACACCUCUAGUGCUGACUGGCAGACCCGUAUGGAGGGCGCUGAGAUCAACAAGAGUCUCUUGGCCCUGAAGGAAUGCAUCAGGGCUCUGGGCCAGAACAAAGCUCAUACCCCGUUCCGUGAGAGCAAGCUGACUCAGGUGCUGCGGGAUUCCUUCAUCGGGGAGAACUCAAGGACCUGCAUGAUUUCCAUGAUCUCACCAGGCAUUAGCUCCUGUGAAUAUACUUUAAACACACUCAGAUAUGCAGACAGAGUCAAAGAACUGAGCCCCCACAGUGGGCCGAGUGGAGAGCAGCCAAUGCAGAUGGAGACAGAUGACACGGAAGCCAACCCUGCCAGGGCCCUGGCAGCACACAGCAUAAGGUUAUCCAAGGAGGAGGAGGAGUUGUCUUCCCAGAUGUCCAGCUUUAAUGAAGCUAUGACUCGGAUCAGAGAGUUGGAGGAAAGGGCUGUGGAGGAGCUCAAGUCAAUCACACAGCUAGGACCAGGCUGGCUUGAGCUCUCUGCAAUGACUGAGCAGCCAGACUAUGACCUGGAGAAUUUCCUAUACAAAGCUGAAGCUGCUCUGGCCCAGCAAGCCAAGCACUUCACAGUCCUGCAAGGAGAUGCCUUGUGUACCGCUGCACUCUCGUUCCAGAGGUCAUCAAAGCCUUGCGCCUGGCCAUACAUCGAGAACAGCAGACAAGCAAACAAAUAAGCAGCAAGAAACGGCCCCAGUAACGGCAAAUAAAGACCUGUUUGGUUCCCCUGGCGUCUUCCCCUCUGGCCCCUGCCUGGUGAACUUUGGGUACCUGGCGGAUUGCUCAGGGUCCGUGCAGGGGUAGGUUCUGGUAAAUGCCAAGUGUGGGAGCACCUGGGGUGGGAAACAUUACUUACCUUUUCCUCAGAUUGGGAGCAAGAAGAAGGAGCUUCUAGUAGCCCUGCGAUUCGCCCUGCUCUACGCUGGGAGUUCUAUCUAGUUUCCCUGGGGCAGUGUCCUGCCCACACUGGCAGCUGCUAGUGGCCUUUCCUCGGGUUUGUCCUGGCCCCAUGGGAGGAGGAGCCAGCUCCAUGCUGCCAUAUACUCUGUUUGUGCACGUGUGUGUUUUGUACUUUUUGGAAAAAAAAGGUUUUGGGUCUUCCUUCCUUGGCAAUUUUCAAGGCUCAAGAGAAUCCCUAGUAUAUUUUAUGUAUUUAUGCACCACGUUAAACAAUAAAGCAGAAGAAAACUCA